AUGCAGCAUGAAAAUCACCAUGUGCCGGUGACAGCGCUCGCCUUCUACAAUGACAGUGUGCUACUUGCGGGACAAGGUAACUACCUGCAUGCGUACCAAAUCGCGGACAAAACACUGGUCGCAACGCAAUUGGUCUUCAAAAGGCAGGCCAUACAUGGGAUCAUUCUGAACGAGGAGGUUCCCUCGACAGGAUUGAUCGUUUCCUCGACAGGACUUCUCUGCGGCGGGUCACUAUGUCGACGCUUCGACGUGAGAUGGAGCGGCUCCAAGCUCGACGUUGUGCUUCACGAGGUCCUUGAUGUCCAGGACUGGAUCCUGGAUGCAUCUUUUGCUCACGCCUCAAGGACUGUGGCAGUAGUCACUGCUCACAAUGCAUUGUGGCUGAACGCAUUCCGAGAUGCCAAUGAGGAUGGCCGAAGUACCUCUCAUGAACGUCUCAUACCCGGGUCUAAUUGCAUCCUGUACUCGGCCCAUGUCAAAUGGCUGAGUCCUUCCACAUGUCUCAUUGCUGCCGGCACAGCGUUCGGCGAUAUCAUUCUAUGGUCUGCCACCCUCGAAGCAUUCUCAGGCAAGUGGUCCGCAGAGAGCCAGAUUCAUUUCACUUUCCCUGCUCACGCUGGUUCUGUCUUCGGUGUUCAAAUCUCACCAUGGGUCUUCCUCCCCGGUUCAAGAGAGCAGCAGAGGCUACUGGCGAGCUGUAGCGAUGAUCGUAACAUCAAGCUCUGGGGUGUCUCCGAUUUGUCUGCCAGGAGCCCAGCCCUUACGCAGAUCCAGCACGAGACUGGGUUCAACGCAAAGCCUGAACAAGCCAACAGUACGGCUCCUCCACUGAUGGCUAAGGUCAUGGGACAUAUCUCUCGAAUAUGGCACAUACGGUUUGGUCUUGUGGGAGCAGACUCCGCCUUGAAAACGAUCCGGUCUUUUGGAGAAGAUGCGUCUUGCAUUCAGUGGGAUCUAACAGCUGAAUUUGGGAGCGACCCUUUGCCGUAUGCCCUGAAGCAAGCCAACCUUGCCACAGCUCAUGCCGGCAAAAACAUCUGGACGAUCGCCUCUACGGCUGCUGGGAUGCUCGCGACUGGUGGUGCUGAUGGUGCUAUUGCGCUCUACAACGCUGGCCAGACCUCUCAAUGCUCUCGAUCGCUACUUGAAGCCUUGGACAAUGAUGAUACCUUGAAAUCGUACGGCUUCGUUGGCCAUGAUACUCUGGUAUCCACAACAUGGCAAGGACGAAUACUGCUGUUGGACCUGUCCUCUACAGGAGACAUGAAGGUCUCCUCAAUCUCCGAGCCAGUCCCUGGACUUCGAGGGUACUCGAUCGUUGAAAGUGUCGCUGAUGCUGCAUUCCUGGCAGGUAUGGACGGCUGCGUCUAUGCGUACGGAUCGGUCACUAAGCAGCUGUCGAAAGUUGCGGAGACUAAGAGAAAGACGGCUGGAUUGUUCGCCUGCCGUGAUGUCUCCGACACAGUCUACCUGCUCAUCACGACCGUAGGUGAGACUUCAGCCAGGCUGCUUUCGCUCGACGCCUGCAAUGGAAGUGUUGCGGACGUGCCGGCUACAGAUGCAACACUUGCCCUUCCUGUCGGCUUCAUCGUCACAGGCUUUACCUUCUAUGCGACGGGAGACGAACGCUAUGCCAUACUCGGAGCGAGAAAUGGCUCCAUGGCUGUCUUUGCUCUCAGUGGGGGGUCGCCGGAUUUUGUUCCGCCGGUCCACGUGUUCGACGAACUGCAUAGCAGAGAGGCAGUAACGUCUCUUCGCUGCGUCACCACCGCCGCCGAUGAAGGACAGACCUACGUCCUCUCCACCGGGCGUGAUGGCACCUUUGCCAUACACCGUAUGCUCUUCCAUCCCACGGGCGUCGAGAUCCGCCUCUUGCACCAGCUCCUACUGCCCUUCGGACCCAACAUCGAGGCCCUACAUAUCACCCCCGAAAACGAUGUCUGGGUCUGGGGCUUCAAAAGCAAGCACUUCACCGUCUACUCCAUCUCCGCCCAGCGCGAAAUCAUGACCGUCGACUGCGGCGGGGCGCACCGCAACUGGACCUUCCAACCCACCGCGUCCGGCGGCACGUUCAUCUGGACCAAAGCAUCACAAGUCUACCGCGAAACCCAAACGUCCCUCCCCUACGACCUCCUCAACACCGGCAACCACGGCCGCGAGAUCAAAGCCCUCGCCAUCACCCCUCCAUCCACCGCACGCCAGAUCCUCGCCACAGGCGCCGAAGACACGGAUAUCAAACUUUUCACCCUCGCCAACACCAACGAGUUCGAAUGCAUCCACACGCUCCGCAAACACAACACCGGCAUCCAGGACCUGCAAUGGUCUUCCAACGGACACUACCUCUUCUCCUCCGGCGGCUUCGAGGAGUUCUUCGUCUGGCGUGUCGAAGCGGGAUUGCCGUUUGUUGAUCUCGGCGUCGUGUGCGAGUCGAAGCAUCCGAGGAGCGGGAGGUCGGAUUUGCGGGUUAUGGGGUUCGAGGUGAGCGAGGAGCGGGAGGGGUUUGUGGUGCGGAUGGCGUAUUCGGAUUCCACGGUCAAAAUCUGGCGUUACGCGGGUAGGACGUGGAGUCUCCUCGCCUCAGCAGACUAUCUAAUCGCCUGUCUGACGAACAUCAUUCCCCUUCCAAGCCAAGGUGACGACUUCCUAACCACAGCGACGGACGGCCAUAUCACGCACUGGUCCCCGCAACCCCACCUCCGCUGGACGUCCAGACAUCGCGUCCACCAGAACGCCAUCCUCGCCACAACCUCCUUUACCCUCCCAGACGGCGAUCGGUUAGUGGUUACAGGCGGCGACGACAACGCCAUCGCCUUCUCCCUCUUCACCUCCGACAAUCAACUCCACACCUCUAUCCUCCGCCGCGCGCACGCGGCUGCUGUAACCGGUCUCGCGCUUAUACCCACCAACGACACAACGGCGGAGUUCCGGUUGGUGUCAGUGAGUAUAGACCAGCGCCUCAAACUGUGGUCUAUCUCGAUCUCAGUCAAAGCUCAGCUCGCCGGCACGGCAGGAGGCACGGUAGAAGGAGAAUGGAUGGAAGUGAAAAAGCUACAAGACGUCUUCACAGCGGUGGCGGACGUCUCGGGGGUCGAGGUGUGUAGACUCCCCGGCGGGGGGACGGGGGUCCUGGGUGCCGGGGUGGGGAUGGGGGUGUGGCGGGUGCCGCCGUCAUUGCUACUGUAG